GAGCGAUCGCCAGUCGUAGCCGAUAGCUUCUCAAGAUAUAUUCCUGCUAAAAAGCUCGGCGCGUACGGAGCGCCAUCUCGUGCGACGAUACAAAUAAGCGCGAUCGGGUGAGCUUUUUGCUGCUCGGCACUUCUCGUUCCAGCUCAGUUGGGUGUACAUCCAGUUACCAGACAGAACACACACACACACACAGCAGACAUCAUGGCUGAUCUCUCACCCAAGGAAGUUGAAAAGGCAGAAUUCGCUUUCUCGAUCUACGACGCCGACGGUUCGAACUCCAUCGACUGCUUCGAUCUCGGCAACGUACUGCGCGCCCUCAAUGUCAACCCAACAAACGCCACCAUCGAGAAGAUGGGCGGCACGAAAAAGCGCGGCGAGAAGACCAUGACCCUCGAGGAGUUCCUUCCAAUCUUUAGCCAAGUUAAGAAAGACAAAGAUCAGGGAUGCUACGAGGACUUCAUCGAGUGUCUCAAGCUCUACGACAAACAGGAGAACGGCACCAUGCUGCUCGCCGAAUUGACGCACGUACUCCAAACUCUUGGUGAACGUCUUACCGAACAAGAAGUCGAAAUCAUCGCCAGAGAUUGCAUGCCAGAAGAAGACGAGGACGGUUUCAUCAAAUACGAUCCCUUCGUAAAGAAACUCAUGUCUGCACCAUAAGCUGGAUAAAAAUAAGCGUAUCAACCAAAAGUCAUCGAGCCCUCAACCCGUUCCUAAAACGAUUGUGCGAAAGAGCCGUAGAAGGAGCCGAAUAAGAACACACUUGACACCGUUUGUAUGAGAGCGACAUUAUGACUAUCAAGAGAGGAGCACAAUUACAAAAUAAAAAAUAAAGAAAAUAAACACAAAAAUCGUUUAUUACCAUAUUCAUCAUCGUCAUUUAUUAUUUCGUUGUUUAAUUGACCGGUCGAACGCCGCCCCAUCGGUGUUCGGCCGUCACUCAAGAAUUCUAUUCGUUUUUAAGUAAUCAAGUGUUAUUAUUUAUUUAUCAGCAAAAUUUAUGUAUAUGUUAUGAAAAAAAAAGAAAUCAAAAGCCAAAUAAUAAUAUGAAAAUAUACAGCAUUUCCACUACGCGUGACCGAGGCAAUGAAGAGAAAACUUUUUUCAUUGUCGACGUGUCAUCGAAUUAAAUUAAUUUUCAUUGACCACUUACUUUAAUUUUCAUUCAUUCAUUUGUCAAACUUAUUAUUGUAUCGACUCACGCAUAUUAUGAUCUACUAUAUAAAUAUAUAUCGAUAAUUAAUCGAUGUUUAUAAUAAAAUUCUGGAAAAAACA